AUAAUUCCCUUUUAAGGCAAUGGAGAUAUUGGAGAAAAAUAGGGGAAAAAAUAGCUGUGCAAGCUAUGACAAAAAGGUUAAGAUUGCCUUGGGGUGAACCAAAUUUGCAGACCUCCCAAAGAGGAGCUGUGCUGUUACUCUGGGUUAGGACCAGCUCACAUUUGGUACCACUCUCUUGGACUGAUUUGAAGAAAGAGAGAGAGAGAGAGAGAGAGAGAGAGAUCUUCCUCAGGCAUAAGGGUCUUUUGAGGUGAGUUGUCAAAUGAGGUACAAGCUUGCAACAAGAAACCCCAGAAUCACUUGCUUGUGAAGCAAAAUCUCUGUACCAAAUGCAAAGAUAGACAGACUAUAUAGAGAAAACCAAGAAAUAUUUGAGUUUCUGAGACUCGCUCUAGCUUUUGGGGAAUAGGGUUUUUUUGUAUUCUAGGCCUUUCCACCCUUGUUAUAUAUAGAAUCCCAGCUGCAAUCAAGCUCUGACCUCAAGUGCUUUGAGUGAUUCAAUCUCUUUCUGUCUGUUCCUCUCUAACAGCCUUAAUAAUCACCACAAUCAUUUUGGGGUUGAAGCAAUGAAGGGAAUAAGUUAUUGGUUUGUUAUAGCUCUUCAAAUCAUGAGUUGGGUUUCUGCAACAAGCAGACUUUUUCCUCCAAGUAAUGGUCUAGAUGUUCAUCAAGCAGGUUCAGGACCGAAUGCAGAUCAGUCUUCAGAUGUUACCUUGGAACAGGGAUUAACAAGCUCAACUAUUGGAGUGGCAAAGAAAAAUGAAAUAGCAACCUACAGUGGGGGAAGCAAAAUAGGGUCAAGCCCUCCAAGCUGUGAGAACAAGUGUUAUGGAUGCACUCCAUGUGAAGCUAUUCAAGUGCCCACUACCAAAAAGCACACCCAUUUCAGGGUUCAGUAUGCAAAUUAUGAGCCAGAGGGUUGGAAAUGCAAGUGUGGCCCUUCAUUCUACAGCCCUUAGACAAAUUUGAUUUCAUCUAUUCGGCUCCUUCUAUGUAGUAAUAGUGAUCAUUCCAUUGUACAAAAUCAAAGUUCCAAUUGACUUUGAAUUCUUCCCAAGUAGAUUUUAUAUGUUUAAUCAUAGGAUAUGCUUUCAGCUACUCAUGUUUUGUUUAUUUAUUAUCAUUUUA